GCGUUCCUCCUGCUUCUCUACAGGCUGCAUUGACACUAGUUACGCGGAAAAAUAUGAGUCACUGAAAUAUGCCGAAAUAUUUCCUCGCAGGGAAUCACCAGGAACAGAAAGGACGAGUAAAUUACAUUUUGUGGUGUAUUCGUGAAAAAGGCGAAUGGAAGAGCCCCGUUGAAAAUCACCACAGAUGGCGUUUAUGUCCAGAUUUUCACGGUCACGAAGCAACUCCAGGUCUCCGAGCAGAAGGGAGUCAGAUAAAGGGUCACCUGUUCUAACCAUUUCUGAACUUGAGCGCCUUCUUUACACGGGAAAAACAGCUUGUAAUCAUGCGGACGAGGUGUGGCCAAGGCUUUACAUUGGUGACCAGGACAUUGCGUCAGACCGACGAGAGCUUAUAAAGCUCGGGAUCACGCAUAUCCUCAACUGUGCGCAGAGCAAAUGGCGAGGUGGGGCAGAAUACUACGAAGGCAUGAAUAUCACCUACCAUGGCAUUGAGGCCCAUGAUUCUCCAUCUUUCGACAUGAGUGUCAACUUCUACCCUGCCGCAGAGUUUAUUCAUAAAGCACUCAGCAUGGGAGGAACGGUGUUGGUGCACUGUGCAGUGGGGGUGAGUCGCUCAGCCACUCUGGUACUCGCCUACCUUAUGAUUCGACAGAACAUGACUUUAGUAGAGGCCAUAAAGACUGUCAAAGACCACCGCGGAGUCAUCCCCAACCGUGGCUUCCUCCGACAGCUCAGUGGCCUGGAUAGUAUUCUCCGCGCCAGCCGAAACACAACAUAAAACCACUGGUAAAGUUUGAACUUCCACUCCGAAACCAUUGCCUUGGCCAGUGUGUGAUUUAUAACAAUGGUACAAGUGUAAUACUUACAGUACAGUCAUUCCCAAUGUUGUCCUGUGAUCAGUAGAAAUGCCUUACUACAUUAAGACCUCCUGACGUGUGCAUACAGCCUUAUCCAGUACUAAACUUUCACCCACUGAGCACUGCAUGUCAGUUCAUUUUUAUUUUUCUUUGAGUGACAACCACAAAGGAGUCCCCCAAAGCAAAAUAGAGUGACAGCUGUCCUGUGUGGGUUGAGUAGUAUUAAUGCUAUAGCAGUGUAUUUGAAAAGGGUCUGAAUUUUCUCAUUAUCAAAGUAACAUGCUGGAAGGUUUGAACUGUAAUAAUAUCCAAAGAUAUACAAAGUAUUAAAGAGUAAACAGUGUGGAACCACCACACUGGAUGGACAUAACUUCUCUAUAUGUUACAAAAGAUUAUAGUGCUUAAGAAGACUGACAAUAAGCUGCUUAUUCAGCUUUUAAAAAUUGCACCUUUAUUUUAUGACCAGCGAAGUUAAAGGAAUUCUCCAGCACUUUACCCAAAUCAAUAUCUACUGCAUCUGUAGCCUAUGACUGACAGCCAUGGACAAACAUUUUGAUGUCUUUCCUUUUACUGUUAAAACAACAGAAACCAGUUAAGUCUUAACAUACCUAUAACAGAAACCAGUGGGCAGUUGCUGAAUUCCAUCAGUUGUUUUUUGACACUUUCAUGAAUUCUCCAGUCAAAAGUCAUUGGUACUAAUACAACUGAUUCAUUGUUCGCAGCCAGGAAAAAAGCAGAAAACAUAUAAUUGAUGUUAAAUUACACAAAAGCCUCAACAAUUAAAUAUAAUGUAAACAGUUUGUUUUUAGAACAGCUUCUGUUCCUUUUGGAGACUUGCUUUCAGUUUUUCAAAGAAAUCUGAAAGGAUAGUUUUUAACCGAUCCAAAGUCUUAAGCCCUAUUUGAGCUGGAUUAGUUUUACUGUGGAAGGAUGGACAGAAACACCUGUGCAUUUGUAUAUAUAUAUAUAUGAAGCAAAAGUGAAGCUUGAUUUUCUCCAGUCUGUCAAAGCUUUAACUACUGUUUGUCUGAUGGAAAUGGUCUUGGUGGUCUGCCAAGUCUCAUGCCUAUCUCAUCCUAAAACCUGCAUUGUUAACAUAAUGUGUGUCAUGGUAGUAGCUUUGAAUUCAUUAUAUACAGUCACAUUCAAGUUCAACAAGUGCUUUAGAGUUAACAGGUUACCUGCUCAUUUACUAAAUACAGCGGAACAUGUUGAAAUUAUUGUCCAUGGAAUUUGAUGGCAUGAUACAGAUGCAGCAGCUUGAGAUUAGGUUUAAAAACACUGCCGUAUUCCUUUAAGAUACAUUAAAUUAUGACAUGACGUGUAAUGACACGAUUUAAACGUCAUUUAUGCAACUAUCUUGGUGUCUUGCAGCUCUUAAUGUAGCAGUAAUGUGGCACCCUUUUUUACUGGGUGCAUGCAAUAUGACACAGAUCUGCAGCAACACUCUAACACUUAUUGCUAUAUAGCAAUGAAGUAUCAGUUACUACAUUCAGUUUGCUCUUGAAAUCACCAAGAAAUGUGAUUAACAAUGAAUUUUAUAAUGUUUUAUGUGUAAUUGGUUUACAGUUAGAUUUGUCCUACUGUUAAGUAUUUAAUGUUAAGCUAAUUAUCAGGCUACAAGUUUUACUUGUUUAGUAUUUGUGUAUUUCUUAAAGUCACCAAAACAAAAAAAGAAGUCUUCAAUAUGAAAUAAAUGUAUUUAAUAGCUUGGAUUUUAUUACAACUUUAGGAGCUGGGACCACAAAAAAACCCUGUAUGUCAAUAAGUGGAACUCUACUGCACACCAAUUUGUGUCUUAUGAAUAGUUUCUCUGCACUCUUUAACAUCUUAGAGAGAAACAGAUUUCAUAGACCCUGUUUACACCUGGUCGUUUCAUGUGACUUGUAUCUGGAGUGUAAAUUGGCUCAGCUUUUAACCACAUAUAGUCACAGGUGGUAGUCAAACAUGUCUCCUGUUAGCCAGAUUUAAAUCUGAUUGUCUGUGUUUUUCCGUGUUUUCCUGGAUCUAUUCAAAAGAUGUUUGUCGCUUUGAAAAUCACUAUUUUCAUGGUGUUAUUCAUUUUCUUACACUUUUGUUUACAAGACGACAGCAGUUUACAAUAAUUAGUCUGCUGUAUUGGUCAUUAAAAUCGUGGACCACUCAUGUUUAGUCUGGUCAUGUUGAGCAGUGUUCAAUUCCAUGGGCAACCAGGGUCCUCUUUUUGUGGGGUUUUUGCAUGCUCUCACUGUGUCUGCUUGGGUUUCCUCAGGGUGCUCCGGUUUCCUCCUACAGUCCAAAGACAUGCAGUCAGGCCUAAUGGACGUGCUAAAUUGCCUCUAGGUUUGAAUGUGUGUCUGCCCUGCAGGGGAAUGGCGACCUGUACAAGGUGUUUCCUGCCUUCUGCCUAAUGACCACUGGGAUAGGCUCCAGCAACCCCAUUCUCAGACAGAUAAACAGCUUGUAUAAUGUGUGUGUGUGUUUACAAUCUGCCCAGUUAUGUACAACAGUAUAAGUGAAUUGCUGCCCUCUUCAGGUUAAGACAUUAAGGCACUCUUAACACUUUGAAAAUGUACAUGAAAAAUCGACAACACAAAUAUUUUUUGAUGAUGUUGAUAUUAUCGCUAAUUUAUGCCCUAGCUAAAACUAAUGCUAAUAAUGUAGCGAGGCAGUGAAUAAUGACGAGGUAAAGACUAAACAAACUGCCACUUUAUUUUAUCUAGCUCAGGAUGCUGAAUGCUACUGAAUGAAACUCACAGCUAGGGUGAUAAAAUGAUAACAGUAAUUAUCACAAUAUAGAAAUAUAAGAAAUGUUUGAAAAAUGUUGGAUAUAAUGCACCAUUGUCAUACUUCUGCAUUCUAGUGACAGGCCUGUUGGCAUUUUCUACUGCAAGGAAAGCGACACUACUCAGUUGUUACCACAAGAGUGCAUACUACAGGGUUUUUCGGGG